AUUUUAUACUAUUUUUAAUUUAGUCAUAUACAAAAAAUUUAGUUAUGAACGUUCCUUUGUUUUUGGUUUUGUUGGUUAUUUGUUCUACAACAUGUAAUAAAUAUACUAAAGAAGAACGUUGCUCAAAAAAUCAAUCGGAUGGAGUUUGUGAAAAAGCAAGCGAGUUUGAGGAAGACGACGAUGAACCUUUCUUUUAUGAAAUAGACGAGAAAUUAGCCGGAAGAGAAAAACUGUUUAAAUGGGAUCCAAUUCGUAAAGGCUAUGAACGAGAAAUUGACUUAGGUGGCGGGGAAGUAGUAAAGAUGGUCACUCAAGCAAUUAAGCCAACUGUGUUCAUCAUAGAUAACUUUUUAACAAUGGAGGAAUGCGAUUACAUUAUUGACAAAUCUCUUCAUUUUGGACUGUCUAGUAGUGGUCUUCAUGUUGAUGAUAAAAUUAAGUUAUCCAAAGAGUAUACAUACGGGCAAGCCACAAACUCAUUUGGAAACUGGUUACAGUGGGAUUUAAAUGGAGAUAGUGUGGUAUCAAAAAAUGAGGUGAUUACUAUGGCUCAACGACAGCUAAAGUUGUAUUUAAAUUCAACUGAUGUAGAUGAAAUUUUUGCUGUUCUAAAGAUGACCGAACUUGAUGAUGGGCUAAUAACAAUAGAUGAGUUUGAAAAAAUGAAUACUGCAGGUAUUGCUGAAUAUAUGAAAGAUUUAAGGGAACAACACCCAAGGUUUCGAGAUCGAUUUAGUGACCAAAUUUGGUUAAAGCAGGAUGAUAUGAGCGAUAGCGUUAUGAAAAGAUUACGAGAGAAGGUAACAAAACUAACGAAUCUUCCUGCAUAUAUCAUAGCUGGUGGAGAACCAUUACAGGUUGUAAGAUACAAACCUUUUGGUCAUUAUCACGCUCAUUUCGAUGCUCAAUCACGUUCAGAAUAUCCUGACUAUCCUUGUUGUCAUUUAGAUUUAGCAUCUCAACCUUUUAAGUGCCGAUUAUGCAGAUUCAUCACAGUUCUGUAUUAUUUGAACGAUGUUGAAGAAGGAGGGGAAACAGCAUUUCCUGUUGCAGAUAAAGAAAACUACAGUCAUGACGAGUUUAAAAAACGUAAAAAUGGAGAUCUUUAUAACUUGAGUGAACAUUGCUAUAAUGCAUCUCUUGUUGUAAAAUCGAAAAAAGGCAGAGCAGUGUUUUGGUACAAUCAUCACUUAGAGGAUGGCUGGUUAGGCGAAAUGGAUUGGUAUUCACUUCACGGUGGAUGUGAUAUUCGUAAAGGAAUAAAAUGGAUUGCAAACAAUUGGAUUGUUGGUCCACCACGCGAGGUUGCUCAUAUGGAUAGUUUAUAUUACUUACUUAACACGCCAGAAGCUCAUUAAUAAUUUUUUUUAUCAAUUUAGUUUUUUGUAGAAGUUGAAAUUAUAUAAAUUACCGUAAUUGUAUUUAA